AGGAAGCGACCUCCUCCCGAACCGAACCAAUAAAAUGAAUUCUGACUCCAGCUCGAGCAGAGCUUCAUCGCCUGACAUGGAUGAGAUGUUCCUUCGAGACCACGGACGCCUCAGCUCCAUGUCCUCUGCACAAAACGAACUGCUCCAGAGGAUGACGAGCGAGCACCUUUCCCUGGCCGGGGAUAAGUCACCUGGCGGCAGCAAGUACAAACUCAAGAAACAGGUCACUGAGCAAGAGGUCCAGCAGUUACGUCUCAAAAUUAACGGGCGCGAACGCAAGAGGAUGCAUGACUUGAAUCUGGCCAUGGACGGACUCCGGGAGGUCAUGCCUUAUGCACACGGCCCGUCAGUGAGAAAACUGUCCAAGAUCGCCACUCUCUUGCUGGCCAGAAACUAUAUCCUGAUGCUGAACAGCUCCCUUGACGAGAUGAAGCGGCUGGUCGGUGAGAUAUACGGAGGACACCACUCAGCGUUCCACUGCGGGACGGUCACACACUCCAGUGGUCACUCCGGUAACCCAGCGCAUCAGGUGCACCCUCUCCUCGGUAACGCGCUCUCCUCGUCUUCACCCUCAACGCUGUCCACGGCCUUACCUGGACUUACCUCUAUUCGCGCCCCUCAUUCGCUGAUUAAGAGUGCUCCCCCGCACCCGCUACAACUCGGAAGUGGGUUCCAGCACUGGGCAGGGUUACCGUGUCCGUGCACCAUCUGCCAGAUGCCCCCUCCACCGCAUAUCCCUAUCACCUCUACAGGUCUGACAAGACUAACGAGCGAAAACAAAGACAUGAUGAAAUGACAUCAGAUGCAGAGAAAAAGAGAAAAAUGACAAUUUGUAAAUUGUGAAUACCAAGGACAAGAGGAUAUUGCCUCCAUGCAUGCAUGCAUUCAUUGUUUGUCUUGUUUUGCGUAUACAACCUAAAAGUUCCUCCUUGUAACAAGGAUCCCGAUAGGCAAAAGUUUUUCUAUUUGUUUUGUGUCAGCAUAGACGCCUUAAACAAUGUAAACAAAAACACAACUGUGAGCACAAACUCUAUCGUAGCUUGAAGCCCGCAGCACACGUGACAGCGGGACUGAAUGGAACACUGCAUGGACAUUUGAUUUGAUUAGUUUGUUCUAUCAGGCAUCAUUUGUGAAAAUGAAGAAUGCCCUUUGUGCCUUGUAACAAGGAUGGUGAAAUUGCAUUCUACAGUGUAUGAAAAAAAGUGUAUGAUUAUUUAGUUCAAAAAGUGUGAAAUGAUAUGACUCUUGACUUGACUUAAAAUAUGAUUGUGUUGUUAUACAUGUGUCCAUUAGUAUUUUGAUCUCUUUUACGCAUGGCUUCUGCGGUGCUAACAACUACAAAGCAUGAUUGUUUUGCUGGAAAGAGUUUGUUAUGCCCAGAGACCCCGUGUCUUUAUUUUUGUACAUUCUCGAUGAUU